AUUUAUUAUGUAUAUUAUACAAUGUACAGUACAGUAUACUAAUGGGUAAUUGUCAUUGAACAUGGAUGAAACAGAAAUGGACACAGAAAAUACUGAUUUUAAUGACAAGGAAAAGGAGCGAUGUCUAAAUGAGGGACAAAAUUUAAUAAAAGUACGUUCACCCUAUGUAGUCGAAUAUUAUAACUCAUGGCUCAAACCCGGGUGCCUAUACAUUCAAAUGGAGCUAGGUCUCAACAGUCUCAUGGAUAUAUUGCUCAUUAAACCCACCAUAUUUACCAGAGACCCUGGUGCUCCCAUGAAUAUAUUUGAAUAUUUUGUAUCAUGCGAGAUUUUUCGCGAACUACUCGAGUGUGUCCAGUAUUUGCACGAAUUGGAGCCCCCGUUCAUACAUAGAGACUUAAAACCGGAAAAUAUAUUGAUUACUAAUACGGGUGACCAGGAUAGGUUCAUUAAGUUAUGUGAUUUUGGCCUGGCUACUGUCCAUGAUAAACGUAUCCACUAUAGGACUAUACAUAAACACUCAGCCGACGUUGGUGAUAUUAGAUAUAUCGCGCCCGAAGUGUCGCAAGGUCAAAAUAGCAUCUGGACAAAACGUCCAGAGUGCAAGGACAUUUUGCGAGAGUUCAACAAUUGGUCAAUUAUGCCUGACACAAUAACAAGUGAUAGUAAUUUUAAAGAGACCCUUGAAGGUGUAUGCAACUCGACAUUUUUCCAGGUGUUUGUGGACCUGAAGUACGCGUUGAAUAUAUCGCUGAAUAUGAUUGCAUUGAUCUCGACGUUGAUGAGUUUCGGUUAUAUCAUGGGAUCUAUGACUGUAGCUAAUUAA